CUCGAGAUUCGACGAACGAGCGGAUAAAAGCGUCCUGGGGGUGUCAUUUUAAUCCGAAAAAUGAAAAUCAUUAUCCUCGAGACACUCCUGGCACUUGUCUCAGUGGCAAUUGCUAGCGAGUAUGGACACCACUACGACGAGCAUCACGCACACUCGACUUACGAGGAAAAAACAAAACCUGUGGAAGUGCCAAUAUACAAAAAAUACGCAAUACCAAUACCGCAUCCAGUGCCAGUUAAAGUACCGCAGGAAAUAAAAAUACCGAUCCCUCAGCCCUACCAAGUGCAGGUUCAAAUCCCCCACCCUUAUCCGGUCGAAGUGGUCAAAGAGAUUGAAGUACCCGUUGAAAAACCGGAACCGUACGUCGUCGAGAAGAAGGUUCCCUUCAUCGUGGAAAAGCCUUAUCCGGUUUACGUAGACAAAAAAUUUCCAGUUCCGGUGGCGAAACCGUACGCGGUGCACGUGCCAGUUUACAAGCACGUAUAUCACCACGUCUCGAAAGGCUGGCACUAAAGGAAAGCGUUUGAAACGUGAAAAAAUAGGGGAAUAUGGGAUCUUCGGCUGGCGAAAAUGGCGAUUAUUGAUGUUCUCUCAGCCAACAAAACGACGUGAAAAAAAUGUGAUGAAUCGAAAAAUGUUGAAUAGGAAGAGAUGGAAAAUCCAUUGAAAUGAAAGAGGCAAGAAAAGUGCCAAAACCAUGGACUGUUGUCGUCGAUCGUGUGGCCAACGGGGAAGACAAAAGGGUGCGAAAUGAUUUUUCGCAAAUAUCCAAAAAACGAGAACUUUUUCGAAAAUUUUCUCCAGCGCCCGAUCAACUUGCUCAAUCCAUUCCAGCGAGUCCGCUUUAUCUCUUCAAUGUUUUCUUUGUUUUCUAGCAAUUAACGAAUGUUGUGUUUGCUUUUGUACGACGUUUAUUUAAUAAAUGAUUUAUUAUCGAAAACCCAUA